ACUGCUUUUGAGAUUCGGUCUCAUUUCAUCACAUUUGAUCUCACCAUGAUUUCCAGUAGAGCACGCAUCGCGUUAAGUCGUGCACCGACCAAACUAUUACGCCCGCUCGCAGUACGGCCAUUGACCCUUAACCUCGGUUUUGCCACACUUCGCCAGUCCAAUCUGUUACUGCGGCCCGCCAUAGGAAGUCGUAAUUAUGCAAAUGGGCGUCCGCAACCUCCAGGUGGCACUCAUCGCAUGAAUCUUGGUGGUGAGCCCGAGAAGCCAGCAUUGGAACAGUACGGCGUAGACUUGACCGCCCGUGCAAAGGAUGGAAAACUAGAUCCGGUCAUUGGCAGAGAUGGCGAGAUACACAGAACUAUCCAAAUCUUGUCGAGAAGAACGAAAAACAAUCCUGUGUUGAUCGGCGCGGCGGGGACGGGCAAGACAGCAAUAUUAGAAGGGUUGGCGCAGCGCAUAGUAACGGGCGACAUACCCGAGUCCAUCAAAGAGAAGCGCGUGAUCUCCCUUGAUCUCGGUCAGCUCAUCGCAGGAGCCAAGUUUCGAGGUGAUUUCGAGGAGCGAUUGAAGAAGGUGUUGCAAGAGGUGGAAGAAGCUAAAGGCGGUGUAAUCCUGUUCGUUGAUGAGCUACACACCCUUUUAGGUCUGGGUAAAGCCGAGGGAAGUAUCGAUGCUAGUAACCUACUCAAACCGGCUCUAUCUCGAGGCGAGCUUCAGUGCUGUGGCGCUACGACACUCAAUGAAUAUCGUCUGAUCGAAAAGGAUGUUGCCCUCGCGCGUCGGUUCCAACCAAUACAGGUGGGCGAACCAAGCGUACAGGAUACGAUUUCAAUCUUACGAGGCAUCAAAGAGCGUUAUGAAGUUCAUCACGGUGUGCGCAUCACCGAUGGCGCUCUUGUUGCGGCUGCAACAUAUAGCAAUCGCUACAUCACGGAUCGUUUUCUACCGGACAAAGCCAUUGAUCUAGUUGACGAGGCCGCGAGUGCCCUGCGCUUACAACAAGAAAGCAAGCCCGAUGCGAUUCAGGAGCUGGACAGACAGAUCAUGACAAUACAGAUUGAAUUGGAGUCGCUGCGCAAGGAAACUGAUGUGGCCAGCAGAGAACGACGGGAACGCCUCGACGAGAAGCUGAAAGCUAAGCAAGACGAGGUUAGGACAUUGACGGAAAAGUGGGAGAAGGAGCGUGCGGGUCUCCAGGAAAUCAAGAAUGUGAAAGAAGAGCUGGAGAAAGCUAGGUUAGAGCUUGAGCAAGCGCAACGCGAAGGAAACUUCGGCAAGGCUGGAGAGUUGCGAUACUCAAGGAUUCCUGAGCUCGAGCAGCGAUUGCCCGAAGAGAAAGAGAGCUUGACUGACAGAGGACCCGAUUCCCUUCUUCACGAUUCUGUCAACGCUGACGAUAUUGCCGCUGUUGUAGCGAGAACGACAGGCAUUCCUGUAUCUAAGCUUCUGCGUGGGGAAAGCGAGAAGCUCAUCCACAUGGAAGAUGCACUACGCGAACAUAUUCGCGGCCAGGACGAGGCCCUCACUGCCGUUGCAAAUGCCAUCAGAAUGCAAAGAGCUGGCUUGUCUGGCGAUGAUCGACCUAUCGCUUCCUUCAUGAUGCUGGGACCAACAGGAGUCGGAAAAACAGAAGUGUGCAAGCGUCUGGCCGAGUUCCUUUUCUCCACUCAACAAGCAGUUGUGCGGUUUGACAUGAGCGAGUUUUCAGAAAAGCACACGGUUUCGAGACUGAUUGGAGCCCCAGCCGGUUAUGUUGGUUAUGAUGACUCAGGGCAACUAACUGAAGCCGUUAGGAGGCAGCCUUACGCUGUAGUUCUUCUCGACGAAUGGGAGAAGGCACAUAAAGAUAUCUCGGCUUUGCUUCUGCAAGUCCUCGACGAAGGGUUUCUGACCGACGCACAAGGGCACAAAGUAGACUUCAGAAACACGAUCAUUGUCAUGACAUCGAAUCUCGGAGCAGACAUUAUUGUUGGAGACGAUUUUUCAAGUCAGAAUGACAAGGACACAAGUGAGAUAUCCUCUGCCACUAGGGAUAGUGUGAUGGAUAUCGUGACCGCAUCAUAUCCACCCGAAUUCCUCAACCGUAUUGAUGAGUUCAUCCUGUUCCGACGAUUGUCGCGGGAGGCUUUAAGGGAUAUUGUCGACAUCAGACUCAAAGAGCUCCAACAGAGGCUCGAUGACCGCCGUAUCAUCCUUGAAGUACCCGAUGAAGCUAAGCAAUGGCUGUGUGACCGUGGCUACGAUCCUCGGUUCGGUGCUCGUCCGUUGAACCGACUUAUCUCAAAAGAAAUCGGAAAUGGGCUCGCAGACAAGAUAAUUCGAGGAGACAUCAAGACUGGCGAUGUGGCGAAGGUUUCUGUCAAAGACGAUCAUAGCGGAUUGUUGGUUUCCGGCCACGCAGUUAAUUAA